GAAUUCUGGCAUUCUGAUCCCCACUAUAUAAGGGCCUGCUCUAGUCUCAGACAGCAGCACGAGCUUGCAAAUCAUAAACAGCCGUUGGAAAACUAGAAGAAAUUGUCUAGAAAAUACAGCGGGGUUUAUUUGAAUCAUGCGCACGUGUCUGAUACUUUUCGCUCUUUUAGGCCUUGUGGCCCUUUCCCAGAGUUCACCAAUACCAUGCAACGGUGCGGAAUGUGAAUACGAUUAUAAUUACGACUGUGGAAAUGGUGGAUGUGAUUACGGAGAAAACGGAGGAGAUGGCGGAGACAACGGAGACGACGACUCCAGCUCUGGAUCUGAUGACGGAGACGGCUCCAGUUCUGACUCCGACUCCGAUUCUGACUCCGACUCCGAUUCUGAUGGAUCAGACUGUGAUGAUGACUCAGGAUCUGAUUCCAGCUCAAGUUCCUCAGACUCAGAUUCAAGCUCAGAUUCCAGCUCAGGUUCCGACUCUGGCUCCGGAUCAGGAUCUAGUUCAAGUGAUUCUAGCUCAGGUGAUGAUGAUAGUGAAUCGGAUUGCGAUGAUGAAGAUUCCAGCUCUGAUUCUGAUUCAGAUUCCGAUUCUGGAUCAAGCUCCGGAUCAAGCUCCUCCGACUCCGAUGAUGAAGAUGACGAAGACUGCGAUGAUGAUGACGACUCAGGAUCAAGCUCAAGCGAUUCCGACUCAGGAUCAAGCUCAAGCGAUUCCGACUCUGGAUCAAGCUCAAGCGACUCCGACUCAGGAUCAAGCUCAAGCGAUUCUGACUCAGGAAGUUCCAGCUCCGACUCUGACUCUGACUCCGACAGUGAUUGUGAUGACGACAGCGAUAGCGGCUCAGAUGGUGGCGACUCUGGCGAUGGCGACAACGGCUCCGGAUCUGGCGACUCUGACGGAUCAGAUGGUAGCGACUCCGAUAGCGACUCAAGCAGCAGCAGCAGCAGCUCCAGCUCUGACAGCGAUUCAGACAGCGGCGAUGGUGACGGUGGUUAUGGUAAUGGAGAUUACGGAUGUGACGGUUAUGGAUGCGAUGGUGGUAAUGGCGGCGAUGGUGGUGAUGGUGGAAUGGGUGGUGAUGGCGGACACGAGGAAGAGGAGGAUAAAUAGAUUAUCAGUUUUUAGUUUUCCUUUACAAUCAAUGAAAACUUUUUUCCAAUGCACCAUGCCAAACUUUGUGAUUGAAUCGUUACGUUUUCAAGUCAAGAGUCCUUUUUCCGGAGAUUAAAGACAAGUAUUAUGAAUAAGAAAAAGAUGUAAUUUAUAUUUCGAAUAUAGACUGUGUAUUCAAUUUCAUAUACAUUGUACAAUCAUUCAAUUAGAUAAGUAGAAUUACAAACUUUCGUUAAAAUGCUUUGGAAUUCGAAAUUUUAUUUUCUGAUUUUCGAUUCUUAAAUUUCAAACAAAUUUCACAUUAUUGUGCAUGUCCAAGGGACUAUGAAAACGUUAGUUAUGCAUAAUAAAUUUUAAAUGUAAUUUAUGUUUUUGUAUUUUUGUAUUGCUCAUGUUUUUCUUUUGUUACCUCAAGUAAUUGUUUUGUAAACAGAAUGCAACUCAAUAAAUUAUUGAACAAAA